CUCGUCUCGCUGCGGCGCAUGCGCAGUGUGGAGGUUGUCUCUGGCUCGGGCUGUUGUGACGCUGUGCUGGGUCUCGCGCUGCUGGUGAUUUGUGCAGUUCUUCACAGAUAAAAUGGCAGUGGAAAAGCGACUGGCGUAUUCCAUAGUGCAGUUCCUCAGAGACCAGACACACUGCGGCUCACUCAAUUCAGAUGAACAGGAAAGCCUCGAAGUUGCAAUACAGUGUCUGGAGACCACCUUUAAGAUCAGCUCGAGUGACUGUCACCUUGCAGCUCCACAGCCCCUCAGAGAGAUCUUCCUGAACUCCCUCCUCAAGAAUGAUAUUGUUGCAUCACAAGAGACGUCUCCCUCCCCAGAGGACAUCGAGAGAGCUGAGCAGCUGAAGAAUGAAGGCAACAACCACAUGAAGGAGGAGAAUUAUAGCUGCGCUGUGGAGUGUUACACAAAAGCCAUCCAUCUGGACCAAAGAAACGCUGUGUACUACUGCAACAGAGCUGCUGCACACAGUAAACUGGGGAAUUAUACAGAAGCUACUGGAGACUGUGAGCGGGCGAUAGCUAUUGAUCCGACGUACAGCAAGGCCUACGGGAGAAUGGGUCUGGCACUGACGUCCAUGAGCAAGUAUCCAGAGGCCAUCUCCUACUUUAAGAAGGCUCUGGUAUUAGAUCCUGAAAACGACACCUACAAAUCCAACCUGAAGGUGGCUGAACAGAAGAAGAAAGAGGCGUCGAGUCCUACGGCUGCAGGAUUGGGUUUUGACAUGGCGAGUCUCAUCAACAAUCCAGCCUUCAUUAGCAUGGCUGCCAGUGUCAUGCAAAACCAGCAGGUGCAGCAGCUAAUGUCUGGAAUGAUGUCAAACGCGGUCGGAGGGCCAGCAGCCGGGGUUGGAGGCAUGUCGGACAUCUCCAGCCUCAUUGAAGCAGGUCAGCAGUUCGCCCAGCAGAUCCAGCAGCAGAACCCAGAGCUGAUCGAGCAGCUGAGGAACCACAUCCGGAGCCGCUCCUUCAGUGGCAGUGCUGAGGAGCAUUCCUGAUCAUUGCACAGGACCGCGUGAGGGGAAAAACCGAGAUGAGACGAGAGGAGGAGGAGGUGAAGAAGGAGAAGGGAAGUCGUGAAUGCAAUCUCUACACCCAUUCUUUCAAAUCUGAGCACUGGCAGAGCUGGAGUGAGGAGAGGGAAAAUGGGGCCAAGGCACUUUACAGGGACUGGGCUUCCGUCCGGGAGGGAGGCAGAGGAAACAAGUCUACAGCUCCUUUCACACAAAACCACUUCCCCACCCCACCCCCCCAACACCGCACUGCUGUUCACAGCGUUCUGAUGGAAUUGGGUGGAAUAUUAUAGCAGAUGUUCAGAUCAUGUAAAAGGCCUGUAUCAUCAAAAGCAAAUAUUUUACAUACAUGUUUCAAAACAUGCUUUUCACUUUGUAGUCCAAUCAGAGUAGUAUGUUCAUGAGUUUGUGAUGUCACAGCCAUGAACAUUAACAUAUUACCACCCACCAUUCAUCCUGCAGCAGUGUAGUCAACCACUGGCUCCCCCAACAGUUGGGAAGUGGGAUCUGUGGAAAAUUUGCGCUUUGAGCCACCGUUAGAGAACAUGCUUUACACAUGCAUGUUUGGACAAGCUGAGAGAUGCAGAGACAUUGAAAAUUGAUACAGAGAUACAGAGGCAUCACUGAAUGUACAAUAAGCAUGUGGACUGAGCCAACAGAGUAAUAUUGCAGCUGUUCCAGUAAUAAAAAGUGACAAUACAAUACUUAAAGGCCAGUGGAGCCUUAUUUUUUUAUUGUUAUAAUAAGAUACAAAUAGUCUACAUAUUGCUUCUUUAAAGUGAUGCUGAUUGUUGUUUCUGUAUCUGCUACCCCAGGUACACUGAAGUAGGGCAGACAAAAUAAUGUUUUUUUUUUUUUUGUGUAUCAGUGCCAUAAAACAAUUUAUGAUUUAAACAUGCAUUUUAUUUUUUUAUUAUUUUUUUCAGAUUUAAGAAAUUGAUUGAACAUGUUUUAUUAUUAUUAUUAUUAUUUUUUUUUUUUUAUUAUUUUUCCCUUGUCCUGAUCAAUAUCACCCUUUGGAUUGAUGAGGGGAGAGAGUGCUGCAUUUGUUGACAAGCUGAGCCUCUAAAGUCUACUUAUUACAGUCAGUUGAGCAUUUUAUUUUAAAUAUGCUACGUAAUGUUACAGCAAUUUUUAAAGCACAAUUUCUGUUUAAUUUUAUUUAAUAUAUUGGAAACUUUAAACCGUGUAAAACCCAUAAGAAGUCUUAUUAGUGUAAAAUCCUGUAACAUUAAUCUACCGCCUCAGUCCACAGGCUUCUCUCACAACAGCUUCCACUUCUGUAUCUCUCAGCUUCUCAACACAGGCAGGCUUACUGAUGGGUGUGCAGAGUGUGAUCUGUAUUUACAGCAGUGGAGUAAAAGUGCAUUACACUUCUCAACUGUAGGGGGAGCCAAGGAGAUCACAUGCUGCAGCUUAUGAUUAUUUAAAGUAGAAUUCUGAUGUAAAAUUGACUUUUGGUGUAGUAAAACAUGAUAAACCUUUGUUGAAUAGCACACCUUUGCUUUCCUACAGCUUAUAUGGGGCAUAUUUUGCUUCUGCAGAUAAAUCGAUUUUUACACUGUUAUUCAGGCUCAAAGUAGCUCCACACCUCAUUGGUAGAGCCCGGACAUUUAAAACGAGGUAUAAAAUUGCACAAGAAAAUUAUUAAAAAACACUAUUUACAACUUGUAAAUAACACGGGUGCCACCAUCUUUUAGCUUUACCUUAAGAUGGCGGAACUUGGAGAUUAGAUUACGGUACAGGAUGUAAACAGUGUUUUUUUAUAAGCUUCUUGUGCACUUUUAAAGUUAUUAAUGCCUCAUUUUAAAUGACAGAGCUUUCCAGAUUCUAUCAAUGAGGAGUGGAGCUACUUUAAGCCUGGAUAACGGUGUAAAAAGUGAUUUAUCUGCAGGGGAAAAUUAUGCUCCAUAUCAUUCUUUCUAAAGCAUGUUUGGACAAACUGUAAACAAAAAAAUACUGGAUCUCAGAAAGCUGUUGGAGAGUGGAGGUGGGCUAGUUAACAAAGAUUAAUAGUCUUUAUUAUGUUUUACUACACAAAAAUGUAAUUUCAUACUGGAGUUCUCCUUUAAAUGUGUCAUAAUCUUUGUGUACAUGCCAUAUUUUGUGUUACAUUCUGCAAAUUGUAAAUAAAAAAAAUAUCCUACGUUAAAUACAGGCCCUUUAAAGCACCUUUAAAUCCUCUAUAAACCUGUGGGAGGUGGAGUAGUGUGAAAGGUUCUCCUAAAGCGCGAGAGUUUGUAGCUUUGUGGUGUGCAGGGAGAGAUAAACCAUCCUUUAAUUACCGUAACCGUACUCAGAGAGAACCACCAUCCAACACGGCAGACUGCUGAUCUUUCGUGCUUCUCUAUAUUUGUGUGCGUAGGUUUAUGUGCCAGUCCUCUGCUCUUUUCACGACGACGCCUGGCAGCGACACAUCAGGGUCGAGAGCGUUUCCAUUCCAUUUUAACAAGCGAUUUAUGAUUGAUUUUGUGCCUAUCGAUUCUUUAUCUUUGGCUCAUGGUCUUAGUCCUUGAUAUACGAGGAAUUUUAACAUAUUAAGUGAUGGGUUUUACUGCACUUUUUGUUCAUUUUAGGAACAGUCGAAACAUUUUGUGAAUGAUUUAAGAGAAAUCUGUUCAUAUAUAUAUAAAUAUAUAAAAAUGUGACUUUAGCUUCACAGGAAUUCCACCAACUCUUUAUUCGUUUAUUUUACAAUAAGGGAACAAAUGAUGUCGCAGGAGUGAGCAUUAGUGUCUCAGCCUAAUUUAUUUUGCAUGCUCCAUGAUCUGACAUUUGUAGUCAGAUGUGUAAUUUAAGCUUAAGAGAAUCUGCGUGUAAACACUACGCUCUUUAAUGUUUGUCUGAAAAUAAAAGAAGAACAAUAAAAAAACAAAACAGGUCAAUAAAUGUGUCUUGAAAUCGCUUAUGACUGAUAA